GGAUGAAAAACAUGAGAUCCGUAGCAGGAGCCCUUCUUGUUCUUCUCAUACUUCUCAUUUCUACUCAUUCCUUCGAGUCUAAACCUCAGUUGUCUGGAGAGAAGGCAGUUCUUACCAUAAACAGCUUCGAAAAGGGCGGAAGUGGGGGCGGUCCAUCUGAGUGUGAUGGCCACUACCACUCCGAUGACACCUUAAUCGUCGCACUUUCCACCAGAUGGUACGACCACGGCCACCGCUGCCAUAACUAUAUCACCAUAAACGGGAACGGGCGGAGCGUGGAAGCUAUGGUUGUGGAUGAGUGUGACUCCAACCGGGGAUGUGCUAAUAACAUAGUUGACGCCUCAAAAGCAGUGUGGGAGGCCUUAGGUGUGCCAAAACGACAGUGGGGCGAGCUCAAAGUAACCUGGUCAGAUGACUAGCUUAAUUGAGCCAUUUCCCAUCUGUCAGAACUGCGUUUCCUUUCCUUUCAAAUA